CCCCCAUUGCUAACAUCGCCCCCAUCAAUAAAACCUCCUCCUUCCUCCAAAAUCCUCCAAAAAUAAAAUAAAAAUGGCAGGAUCAAAACAAAUAAUGGGCACAUCAAUUCUUGAAAAAUCUUCAUUAAUUUCUUCCACAAAAUUAAUCAAAACAUUCCACAAUAGCAACAAAAGAAAUUGCCCUGUUUCUUCCAAAAAUAAUUUCAGAGGGAGAAGAUUAUUGUCUGUGACACCCGUUGCUGCAAUUAGCGAAGAUUAUUACUUGAUCAAGAAAUCUCAACCGUCUGAUCUGGGUUACAACAAUAAACCUGAUAAUGAUUCUGGUGAUGCUAAGAUCAAGGUUAGAGCCGUAAUUACUGUGAGGAACAAGAUUAAGGAAGAUUUAAAGGAAGCUCUUGCUAAACAUUUUGAUAAUUUCUCUGAUAAGAUUGGCAGAAAUGUUGUUCUUCAACUUGUUAGCACUGAUAUUGAUCCAAGGGCAAGAGGACCAAAGAAAAGUAGAGAAGCGGUGUUGAAAGAUUGGUCAAAGAAAUCAAAAUUGAAGGCUGAAAGAGUAAAUUACUUGACUGAAUUUGUGGUGGACUCCAACUUUGGUGUGCCAGGAGCAAUCUUAAUCACCAACAACCACCAACAAGAGUUUUUCUUAGAGAGUAUUACUAUUGAAGGUUUUGCAUGUGGCCCUGUUCACUUUCCUUGUAACUCUUGGGUUCAAUCUUUCAAAGAUCUUCAAGCCAAGAGGAUCUUUUUCCAUAAUAAGCCUUAUCUACCACACGAGACACCUGCAGGACUGAGAGCACUAAGGGAGAAGGAGCUGAAAGAAUUAAGGGGUAAUGGCAAAGAUGAGAGAAAAAUGUCAGACAGAGUUUAUGACUAUGACAUAUAUAAUGAUUUGGGAAAUCCUGAUAAAGGACCCGAAUAUGCCCGCCCUAUUCUUGGUGGUGAAAAUAUUCCAUAUCCUAGACGCUGUCGUACUGGCAGACCUCCUAUGGAAACUGAUAUCAACUUUGAGAGCCGUGUGGAGAAGCCGUUACCAAUAUAUGUUCCUAGGGACGAACAAUUCGAGGAGUCAAAGGCAGGAACAUUCUCUUUCUGCAGGCUAAAAGCAGUUCUUCACAACUUGCUACCAUCUUUAACAACCAACAUCUCCUCUAAGCAUGAUUUCACCGGGUUCAAGCACCUUGAUAGCCUUUUCAGUGAGGGCUUGCUUCUUAACCUUGGUUUGCAUGACGAACUUGUUAAAAAGCUGCCACAAGUUGUUCACAAAAUUCAAUCCACGAGUCAAGGCUUACUCAAAUUCGACACUCCAGUCAUUAUUUCUAAGGAUAAGUUGGCGUGGAUGCGAGAUGAUGAAUUUGCUCGACAAUUUUUAGCCGGUGUUAACCCUGCUAGCAUUGAGAGGAUGCAGUCGUUUCCCCCAAUAAGCAACCUCGACACAGAAACUUAUGGUCCGGUAGAAUCUGCCCUUAAAGAAGAGCAUAUUAUCGGAUACUUAGAUGGAAUGUCAGUUCAACAGGCUUUGGAUGCAAACAGGCUAUUCAUUGUGGACUACCAUGACACAUUCCUGCCCUUCCUGGAGCGACUGAAUGCUCUGGAUGGCCGAAAAUGUUAUGCAACUAGAACUGUGUUCUUCUUAACCGCACUUGGCACCCUUAAGCCUAUCGCCAUUGAGCUAAGUUUGCCACCAUCUGGUCCUAACUCAAUGUCAAAAAGGGUUGUGAGUCCUCCGGUUGAUGCCACUACUAACUGGAUUUGGCAGCUCGCUAAGGCUCAUGUUUGUGCCAAUGAUGCAGGUGUUCACCAACUCGUUCAUCACUGGCUGAGGACACAUGCAGCACUGGAGCCAUUCAUCCUGGCAGCCCACAGACAGUUGAGUUAUAUGCAUCCUAUUUACAAGCUGUUGGAGCCACAUAUGAGAUACACUUUGCAUAUUAAUGCUCUAGCUCGCCAAAACUUGAUUAACGGGGAUGGUGUUAUUGAGGCUUGUUUCGUCCCUGGACGCUAUAGCAUGGAUAUGAGUGCGGCUGCCUACAAGAAUUGGCGCUUUGAUUUGGAAGGCCUCCCUUUUGAUCUUGUCCGAAGAGGAAUGGCAGUACCAGAUAGCACACAACCACAAGGAAUACGACUUUUGCUGGAGGACUAUCCAUAUGCAGCUGAUGGUUUACUACUUUGGGAAGCCAUUGAGAAUUGGAUUCGAGGUUACGUUACCCAUUACUACAAGGACCCCAACCUAGUAGCCGAUGACAGGGAACUUCAAGCCUGGUACUACGAGGCUGUGAACGUGGGUCAUGCUGAUAUACGCGAUGCAAGCUGGUGGCCAGAACUGAACAACACAGAUGACCUCGUCAGAAUCCUCACUACACUAGUAUGGUUAGGGUCUGCCCAACAUGCCUCUCUAAAUUUCGGCCAGUACCCUUAUGGAGGGUACAUUCCAAACCGGCCUGUUUUAAUGCGGCGUUUAAUCCCUGACGAGAAUGAUCCCGAGUAUGCAAACUUCAUGUCAGACCCUCAGAGGUUCUACCUGUCUGCCAUCCCUAGUGUUUUACAGACGAGUAAGUUUAUCGCUGUGAUUGACACCCUGUCUACCCACUCUCCUGAUGAGGAGUACCUUGGGGAGCGAGCUCAACCCUCCACGUGGACUGGGGACCCUGUAAUAGUCGAGAAGUUCUUCGAGUUCUCAUCGGAAAUGAGAAGGAUAGAGAAAGAGAUUGAUCGGAGGAACUCUGAUCCUAGUCUUCGGAAUAGGUGUGGUGCUGGGGUUAUACCUUAUGAGCUAAUGGCACCCAGCUCUGAGCCUGGUGUUACUUGUAGAGGAGUGCCUAAUAGUAUAACUAUUUAAGGACUAAAUAAAUAAAAUCAUGAUUUUCUUUUAUUAUUAGGACUUCAACCCGAAUUUAGUGGUUGAAAUCUGGUUAAGUAAUGCUAAGUGUAUUUACUAUUUAGAGAGUCAGUCGACUGUAUCGUCUAUAAUGUAAUAUGCUAAUGGGGUUAGACAAGGUUUAGAUGAGUAUGAAUAUAUGAUUUUGUAUAAACUAAAAUAACUAGAAUUUAAUCACCUUCUCUUGUAUAUGAAAACUAGUUUCUGUA